AUGGACGCAACGACUCUGGAGGGCUUUGACCAUCGCAACGAGCCCACUGACUCCGUGUCCACGGUGGGUGCGCAUGUCUAUCCUCACGACACAAACCCGUCGCUCGAAGGCAGAAGCAAUGUUCAUGACCCCUCGAGCACCGCUCCCGGGAUUCUGACCUCUCUAGGAGACAGGCCCGGCAACAUGCGUCCAUCUGUUAUCAGCCCCGGGGAGAGUUCCACAGCCGCCUUGUCCAUCUACACCGCACAAAGCUCCUGUAGCAGCAACGGUUCCGUGUCCGAGUCGGUCGCACCGUCAGCUCCCUCCGUGCCGCCUAAAGUUGGCACGAGAUUCUCAACGCAAUCCGCCCGCGUCUUGCGGCAAUGGCUGGACACCCACAAAGACCAUCCGUUCCCGAAUCGAGAGGACAAUGAGAUGCUGCAGCGUUUUACCGGCCUGUCCAAGGUCCAAAUUAAGACGUGGUUCGCCAACGCGCGUCGGCGACGCAGGUUGCCAGAUAGCUCUUCGUCAUCCGUCUGGAGGUCUCCUGGCGACGGUACGCGAACUCCUCAGAGACCUGCUACGCCCAUACCCAUAUCUCAUGGAGGCAGAGAAGCGCGGGACAUGAGUCCAAUGGAGCGCUGGGUCGACUCGCCUCCGGAAGACGAACCAGCCCUUGCUAGAGACAUUGCGCGAGCCAUGGCCUCAAGAAACCAGACAUUUCUGCACCGAGGGGAAUUUGAUGGCUCUGGCGAUUCCAGCUUCGACGACGCCUCGGCACCGCCAGCAAACGACGACACUUCAGCCGGCAGCCGUAGUUCGUCGAUGAACAGAUCCGGUAGCUCUCAUAGCUCCGCUGGCUUCAAUACAAAGGCUAUUCGGGGCCGUAGAAGGUCCAGACGGGGGCGACCUGGCCGCGAUGCUGUCAAAACGUCACUGUUCCUGCCCGACGGCCGGUUUCAGUGCACCUUUUGCACUGAAACGUUCAGGACAAAAUAUGACUGGUCGAGACACGAAAAGUCCCUUCACGUUCCCAUCGAGAGAUGGUUAUGCAGCCCUCGCGGGCCCAUCGAAGUCAACCCCAGCACAGGCGAACCCUGCUGCGUGUACUGUGGGCGGCCGGAACCGACGAGCGAGCAUGUCGCUACCCACAACCCGGACACCUGCCAGCAGAAGACUUUCAAUCGUAAAGACCAUCUAAAACAACACCUGCGGCUGGUCCACGACGUGGAGGGAGUAGCAUGGGUCAUAGAGGCCUGGAAAGCCCCCAAUCUCAAGAUCCGCUCUCGAUGUGGAUUCUGUGACACCACCCUGGAGACCUGGCGUGACCGAGAACACCACCUGGCUGACCAUUUUAAACUCGGACACACUAUGGCGAAUUGGUCCGGGGACUGGGGCUUCGAGGAGCACAUUCUGACUACUGUUGAGAGUUAUAUGCCACCAUAUGUCAUUGACUACGACCGCAAGUCUCCGUUCCCGUUCAUGGCAAGUGGACGAGCACCCAGUUCUCCCAGAAGCGCGUACGAGCUGAUCAGUCUCGAACUCGCCUUCUUCCUACAUCGACACUUUGACCAGCGCAAAGACUUACCCUCCAACCACGAUCUGCGCCUGCAGGCCUGUCGUGUUAUUUUUGCCUCGGAAGCUCUGACCGGAAGUCUGGGCUGCCAGGGACUCGGAGCAAUGUCAUGGCUGAGAGAUCUCAUCACUUUCGAUGACGAGGUAGCUAAGCAAGCCAGGUUCGGCCCGUUGCUAUCACAGGCCGAGAGCAGGCUUGCCAUCUUGCGCAUCAACGGCAAGAGCACGCUAUUUGAAUCAUGUCCCUUGGAAGAGUCGCUGACGGACUUUUUCCAACGGUCCUGGAGGGAACGGGCAUUGGUUCCCGAGGACAGCGACCUUCAGGCCGAGGCGUAUAGAAUCAUCGUGAUGGCAGAGGAGCAAAUGGAGACGAAGACGCCCGACUUUGUCACGAACUGGUUUGCCAAGAUGGUGACGACUUCGACCGACUGGAUCGGCUCUUUCAAGCAUCGGAACAUGUGCCGAUGGCAGAUACACACUGCACAGUCACUACCAUCGAUAUCUCAGUCUGCCCCGAUGAACAUGAACUGGACACCAGUUCAGGGUCAUAGUGAUCCCACUAUCGGCGCUCGCCUCUUGAUGUCAAAUCUCGAUGGGGUUGAGCCCGAUUUAGGGGCCCAGAACAACGAUGCAUCGCUACAGAUACCAAAUGUUGGCGCCAUGGCCUCGGACUUCCCAAUGGCAUCGAAUGCCGGCCGCAAUGAUGUUCAAGAUAUGGCCUGUCCUACGUCUGAUAUGCAGCACUCUAUCCUGGACUUUGGAUUCUAUGUUCUCAACGACGCAAAUUACCACCGGUGGUUUGAUGUUGAGCUGAAACGCUGGGCCACAGCUACAAUGUCGUCUGAGAACCCCGCUGGGCAUGGGCACAUCCCGUCCGAUGGAGAGAUCCAACAUCAGGCUCGCUUGUUGCUAUAUGAAGAUGGCGACCCUCUGGAAUAUAACUGCCGCGGACAAUCCAGAGUGGUUAGACAGGUUUAA